CUUCGCACAAAAUAACUUGGAUCAGACCCGUUUGCAACUUAAGGUUACAUCGACUGCCUCCGCCUCGCCGGAUCUCUCUCUCUCUCUCAAUUCGUGAUUGCAAAACCCUCAACAGGUCAUAGCCGCAAGAUGAGAAGAAGAUGCACGAGCAUAUUUUCACCGGCUAAACCUGAUUCCCUAACUAUAUUUUUUCCUCACGCUUAUUCGACGCCAUCAGUUUCUACCGUUGCCGUAACUGCUGCCCUAAACCAUGAUCCAUCUCCCUCGGCCAGCCCCACCAUUUCCACCUCUGCAUCCUUAGCUGCUUCACCACCGCCACGCGGCUCUGCUGACCGCCUUCGCCUCUCCAUGCUCCAAUCCUGCGUCUCCGCGGCCGACACCCGCCUCGCCCUCGAUGCUAUCAUGGUCUCCGCCAACAGUGGACGCAGUUCUUGCCCAAGCCUUAGAUGCUACAACACUCUCCUGCUCAAACUGGAAAAAUUCGGCAUGGUUACUGAGAUGAAGACCGUCUAUUGCCAAAUGCUCCUCGCCGGCAUCUUACCCAACCUCUUUACCUACAACACCAUGAUUAACUCAUCCUGCAAGCUUGGCGACAUAUCUAAUGCGAUGAUCUACCUUGGCCAUCUGGUACGGGCGGGAUUUGAUCUUGAUACCUUCACAUACAACUCAUUGAUGCUGGGAUAUUGUAGAAGAAAUGAUAUCGAUAGAGCUGGCAUGGUUUCUGAGACAAUGUUGCGCAAGUCUUGCAAAAGGGAUGUACACUCUUAUACUAUACUGAUUGACGGACUCUUGAAGGCUUUUCAGGUGGAGGAAGCCUUAAAAUUGUUGUCAGAAAUGGAGUACAAUGGCUGCUCCCCAAAUGCUUAUACCUACACGACUUUGAUUGAUGGUUUGUGUAAGAUGAGUAUGUAUGAGAAAGCGGAGAAUAUACUUACUGACCUUGCUAAUAAUGGUUUGGCUUCUAUCAUUAUUCCUUACAAUGCUCUUGUUAAGGGGUACUGUAAAGGAGGCCGAGUUAAUGAUGCCUUGAGGAUUCUUGGGGUUUUAGAUUCUAGUCAGUAUAAGCCUGAUUUGUGGAUGCACAAUCAAUUGAUUUAUGCUCUUUGCAUGGAAAACAGGUUGAUGGACGCAAGGAAGAUGUUUGAUUCUAUUGGCCAGAAGGGCAUGGUUCCUAAUGUUGUCACUUUCAAUUCUUUGAUUGUUGGUUUAUGCCAGAAAGGAAAAGUUGAUGAUGCUUUUGUGCUGGUGAGGUCAAUGGAGGCUAAUGAGCAAAAUCCUGAUAGUAGAACUUGCAAUGAGCUAAUUCAUGGAUUUUGUGGUGAAGGGAAGUUGCACAAAGCAAUGAAUAUCUUGAGUAAAAUGAUUGACAGGGGGUUGUCUCCUAAUGUUGUCACAUACAAUCUGUUGAUUUAUGGCCACUGCAAGCAUGGUGAUAUUGAUAGUGGUUUUAGGUUGCUCUCUUUAAUGAAUGAUAAUGGUGUCAUCCCUGAUCAACAGUCAUAUGGUGCAUUGGUUGAUGCACUCUGCAAAUGUGGUAGGACAGAGGAGGCCUAUGCUUUUUUUUCCUCCCUUAACCAGAUGGGUGUAAGGCCAAGCAAUGCAAUCUACAAUUCUCUCAUACAUGGGCAAUGUGAGGCAGGACGGAUGGAAAAAGCUUAUGAAAUCUUUGAAAGGAUGGUUUCAGAUGGCUUCUUUCCUGACACUUAUACGUACAAUUCUUUGAUUGAAGGCUUGUGCAAGGAGGGGAAAUUGAAAGAAUCUAUGCUAUUACUUGGUCAAAUGUCAGAGAAGGGAGUAGAACCCGAUAACAGCACUUACAACAUUCUCAUUAAUGAAAUGUUCAAGGAAGGAGAAGCAAAUCUUGCCAUGUCAACCUUAGGGCAAAUGAUUUGUUUAGGAUAUAGCUGGGAUAUAUAUACAUAUACAAUAAUAAUUGGUUCUUAUUUCAAUGAAGGUAGGCUAGAAGAUGUAGAACAUGUGAUGGCAGAAAUGAAAAAGAAGGAAGUGAGACCUGAUUUGCUUACUUUUAAUACUUUGAUUGGUGGAUAUGGAAGACUGGGUUUGUUGGACCAUUCUUUUGCUGCUCUCAAGCACAUGAUCGAUGCGGCAUGCGAGCCUGAUCAUGUGACUUAUGCUAUUUUACUUAACUGUCUUCUUAGAAGGUGUAGCCCUGUGAGUGAAUCUGUUGAUCCGUCGCACAUAUGGAAAUUAGUACAGAUGGAUAACAUACAGGAGCUUUUGAAGCAAAUGAUUAGAAGUGGUUGUGAACCUUGCACUACUACCUACGCUACCCUCAUUUCUGCAUUGUGUGGAUUUAACCGGUUUGAAGAGGCACGCCUGUUGUUCCUGCAAAUGUUUGAAAUUGGAUUGUCACCAAAUCAUAUGGCGUACACAUCUAUUAUCAACUGUUGCGUUCGUUUAAAAAUGCAUGAGAUGGCAUUGCAAUUAGUCAAUUCCAUGUUUAAUAAUGGUUAUCUACCAGAUCUGAAAUUAUACCAGGAUCUUCUUUCUGAACUAUGUAAUGAAGGGCAUUUUGAUAGUGCAAAGUUAGCAUUCUUAGACUUGCUUGAAAGGGAGUAUAAUCACGAUGAAAUUAUAUGGAAAAUUCUUAUAGAUGGCCUUUUGAAAGCAGGUCAUCAUAAGAUGUGCUCUGAAAUUCUAUCCGUAAUGGUUGAAAGACACUGCAGCAUCAGUCCUCAAACAAUUUCUUUGCUGAUAAGGGAAUGUCCUGAUUUACGGCAAGUUCUAUGAAGUCAAUUUAAGGAGGGCCAUGUAAUCAUGGGCACCAUUUCAUGGUAAUUAUUUUGUGUGGAACGUUUCAAUAAAGAAUAAAACUGGAGGAAUCGGAGAGAUGAGGUUUUUUUGCAUUUAGCUUGCUUUGUUAUGGUGAGUUAUAAUAUCAGGUGCACAGUGACAAGAAUCAUGUGAAACAGGCUGACCCUUUGAUGCAAACUUGAAAUUGGAUGGACUCUGCUAAACUCAGAAUGCAUCUAUCUAAAUAGCUGAGGCAUGUCACUAAGUUCUCAUUUGAUUCGUUUUAUUUUCUCAGUUUUCAGUUACAAAAGUUUUCUCGCACAUGCUUACUCCGUUACAAGAUAGAGUUUUGAAAGCAUAUUGUCCAAAUUACACGUCCACGCAUCACUUCUGCGGCCUUCCUCCUUUCCAGCGACUUGUCUAGAGCAAAGCUUCCCUAGUUAGCAGCUCCGUCAAUCCUUCGGCUUCGCCUUUCUCCUGCCCAACAAUGGCAACCGCCAAGCAGCCUGCUGCCGAUCGGUUCUGGCAAACAGUCCCGACCCCCGUCCAAGCACCGUCGGCCUAACUUCCACUGAUUUCCGACGUCCCCGCCAUCCUCAGCAGCCCAGAGCCACCUCCAGGCUGAAUCUCCUUCCUAUUUCAAGUGGUUAAACUUAAGUUAUUCCUACCGUGAUCUCCUUCAACUAUCCGCCCUUGCGCAGGUGUUCGCCAUACUCAGCCCUAGGAGUUAGGUGAACAAAACUUGGAAGAAGGAGAGCUAGGAAAAGCUUCUAAUGUGGAUUGUUCUUUCAAUCAGGUUAUCAACUUGUAAAAGGUUGAUGUGGAAGAGGGUGAACUUCAUCAUAUGGAGGAGGGAGAGCUAUUACAUGAUAAUGUGGAGGAAAGAGAACAAGAGUUGCUGAAUAGCGACAAUGUCAAUGGUAAUGAGUUUUCGUUGGAUGACAUCUUCUGUGGAACCAACACUAGAGAAAUCUUCAAAUCAGAUUUUGGAUCAACAACAGCUCUAGAAACAGCAGGAGCUUUAGCUUCAGAUAUCAGAUCAGCAGCUUCAGAUAUAAGAUCAGCAACAACUUCAGAUUCAGGUUUCAACUCAGUAGCAGAUUCAGAUAUAGGAUUCAGAUCAGCAAUAUUUUCAGUAGCAUUUUCCUCGAUAAAUUGUGAUAAUAGAUUAAAUUUAUUAGCUUUUAACAAAGCUAAUGAUGGUUCAGAAUUUAUAAGCAAUUUUUUCGCAUCUCCAGCAGCACAUAUUUCUAAACGGACAUUUGUAGAUUUAACAUGUUGAAUAGAAUCAAUAGCUUUUUUUGUAACAUCCAUAUGCAUAAAUUGAAUUUGGUCUUCAUUUAA